AUGGCCGACGAAAGUGAACAUAAACCUUUAUUAGAUGGUUCUGGUGCUGAUCCAGUAAAUGCUAAAGAUGAAUCGAUAGCUACGGCCAUUUUAAGAACCAAGAAAAAGGAUAAUGCCUUGAUUGUGGACGAUGCUACUAAUGAUGAUAAUUCAGUCAUUGCUAUUAAUUCUAAUACUAUGGACAAAUUGGAAUUGUUCAGAGGUGACACUGUUCUUGUUAAAGGUAAGAGGAGAAAGGACACUGUUUUGAUUGUUUUAAUUGAUGAUGAUUUGGAUGAUGGUUCAUGUCGUGUCAAUCGUAUUGUUAGAAACAAUUUGAAGAUCAAAUUGGGUGAUAUUGUCACUUUGCAUCCAUGCCCAGAUAUCAAGUACGCUUCGAGAAUAUCUGUGUUGCCAAUUGCCGAUACCAUUGAAGGGUUGACAGGGAAUUUAUUCGAUGUGUUUUUAAAACCUUAUUUCGUGGAAGCUUAUAGACCAGUUAGAAAAGGUGAUCACUUCACUGUAAGAGGUGGGAUGAGACAAGUGGAAUUCAAAGUCGCUGAUGUAGAACCUGAGGAAUAUGCUGUGGUAGCUCAAGAUACCAUUAUUCAUUGGGAAGGUGAGCCAAUUAAUAGAGAAGAUGAAGAAAAUAAUAUCAAUGAUGUUGGUUAUGAUGAUAUUGGUGGUUGUCGUAAACAAAUGGCUCAAAUCAGAGAAAUGGUAGAAUUACCUUUAAGACACCCUCAGUUGUUUAAAGCCAUUGGUAUUAAGCCACCAAGAGGUGUUUUGAUGUAUGGUCCUCCUGGUACAGGUAAGACAUUAAUGGCAAGAGCUGUUGCUAAUGAAACAGGUGCCUUUUUUUUCUUAAUUAACGGUCCUGAAGUUAUGUCCAAAAUGGCUGGUGAAUCAGAAUCUAAUUUAAGAAAAGCUUUUGAAGAAGCUGAAAAGAAUGCUCCAGCUAUUAUUUUCAUUGAUGAAAUCGAUUCUAUUGCUCCAAAGAGAGAUAAAACAAAUGGUGAAGUUGAAAGAAGAGUUGUUUCUCAAUUGUUGACUUUAAUGGAUGGUAUGAAGGCAAGAUCCAAUGUUGUUGUCAUCGCUGCUACUAAUAGACCAAACUCAAUUGACCCAGCUCUGAGAAGAUUCGGCAGAUUCGACCGUGAAGUUGAUAUCGGUGUUCCAGAUGCUGCUGGUAGAUUAGAAGUCUUGAGAAUUCAUACUAAAAAUAUGAAACUAUCAGACGAUGUAGAUUUAGAAGUAAUUGCCUCAGAAACUCAUGGGUUUGUAGGUGCUGAUAUUGCCUCUUUAUGUUCUGAAGCUGCUAUGCAACAAAUUCGUGAAAAGAUGGAUUUGAUCGAUUUAGAUGAAGAAGAAAUUGAUGCUGAAGUCUUGGAUUCAUUGGGCGUCACCAUGGAUAACUUCAGAUUCGCCUUGGGUAAUUCUAACCCAUCUGCAUUACGUGAAACUGUUGUUGAAAAUGUUAAUGUCACUUGGGAUGAUAUUGGUGGGUUAGACGAUAUUAAGAAUGAAUUGAAGGAAACUGUAGAAUAUCCUGUCUUACACCCAGAUCAAUAUACAAAAUUCGGUUUAGCUCCAUCAAAGGGUGUCUUAUUUUAUGGUCCACCAGGUACUGGUAAGACUUUAUUAGCUAAAGCUGUGGCUACCGAAGUUUCUGCUAAUUUUAUCUCUGUGAAAGGUCCAGAAUUAUUAAGUAUGUGGUAUGGUGAAUCUGAAUCCAAUAUUAGAGAUAUUUUCGAUAAGGCAAGAGCUGCUGCUCCAACCGUUGUCUUUUUAGAUGAAUUAGAUUCUAUUGCUAAGGCAAGAGGUGGUUCCAUGGGUGAUGCUGGUGGUGCUUCUGAUAGAGUUGUUAAUCAAUUAUUAACUGAAAUGGAUGGUAUGAAUGCCAAGAAAAAUGUCUUUGUCAUUGGUGCUACAAAUAGACCUGAUCAAAUUGAUCCUGCCAUUUUAAGACCUGGUAGAUUGGAUCAAUUGAUUUAUGUUCCAUUACCUGAUGAAGUAGCUAGAGAAUCUAUCUUGUCUGCUCAAUUAAGAAAAUCUCCAAUUGAACCAGGUGUAGAUUUAACUGCUAUUGCCAAGGCUACUAAAGGUUUCUCAGGUGCUGAUUUAUCUUAUAUUGCUCAAAGAGCCGCUAAAUUUGCUAUUAAGGAUUCCAUUGAAGCUCAAAUUAGAGCUGAAAAGGAAGCUGAGGCAAAUGCUAAAGCCAAUUCUAAUGCAGUUAAGACUGAAGAAGAUGUAGAAAUGACAGAUGCUAAUGCUACCACUACUACUGCUGCAGUAGAAGUCAAGAGAGAAGAUCCUGUACCAUAUAUUACCAAAGAACAUUUCACAGAAGCUAUGAAAACUGCCAAAAGAUCUGUCUCAGAUGCGGAAUUACGUCGUUAUGAAGCUUAUGCUCAAAAGAUGAAAGCUUCAAGAGGUCAAUUCAGUAAUUUUGGCUUCGAUGAUAACAUUAAUGAAUCCAACGAGCAAACAUCUACUAAUAAUGCUUCCAAUGCUGCUCAAAACAAUGGUUCUGGUGCAGUUUUUGACGAUGCAGCUUCCGACGAUGAUUUGUACAGUUGA